AUGGCGACGAGUCUGCUGGGCGCCUGGCUGCCGGCCUGGCCGAGCCUGGCCUGGGGGGGCGGCCUGGUGGACUCCUUCCUUGACCCGGAGCGGCAGGCGGAGAAGGAGGCCGUCCGAGGCCAGUGGGCCCUGCUGGACCAGCUGCACCUCUGCAUCCUGACUGGGCUCUUCACGGUGAUCGGGUAUCGGGUGGCGGCCCUGGUGGUGCUGGAGUUCUCCCUCCGCGCGGUGGCCACGCUCCUCUCCCUCCAGAAGGGGGUGCAUAGCAGCCAGCUCUUCCUGCUCUGCCAGUAUUCCCUGGGAUGCGGGGUCUCCUGCAGCCUCAGCUACCUCCAGGAGGGGGCAUCCCACCGGACGUGGAACCUGCUGCUCAGCGUGGGCCUGGCCGGCCUCCUGACCUGCUACGUCUGGCGCUUGGCACGCCACGUGUUCACCAUGUAUGAGUUGCACUGCAAAGAGCGCUACUGCGGGGCCUGCCUCUUCUUGCUCACCACCUGGCACGGCAUCCCCCGGCUGCUGUGCAAUGCCCUCAAGGUCGCCUUCCUGGUGGCUGACCUGACGGCUGUGGCCUUGAUCAACCGGGACUUCCUCACCACCUCGGAGGCCGUCCGCUUCUGGACCCCGCUGACCAUCUGCUAUACACUUCUGGUCAUCUAUAUGCAAGAGGAGCAGCGGCUGAACCCCAGCCAGCAGGUGGCCUACCAGACGGUCUUUGUGAGGAUGGGCGGCCUCUUGAUCCUCCUGAUGACGGUCGGCCGGUGGACAGACGUCCUGAACAUCUUGAUCUCCCUGGUGGGAGAGAUCUGGUGCCUCGUGCGGGCAGGAGCCACGCUGGAGAUCUGCAGGAAGCAGGAUUAUUCUCAGAGAUUCUCCCACUCGGCUGCUCCUUCCCGGAGGCCCAUCAAUCCGCACGAAGACCCUCUUGCAAAGUCCUCAGCAGCAGCCACGUCCUGAGGCGGAAGGGCAAGGCAGGUGCUCCGCUGACGGUCCACGCGUGGGAGGCCCCCAUCCGCCAGCGCUCCCUGCCCCCUCCUGCUCCCAGCAAGGCCGCCUGGGGAGUCUCUCGGAGGCAGCUGCGCUUCCCUCACCUUCCAGUGGGUUGGGGGGGGGGCUGCUUUUCAAAAGCCGGGCUGGCUGCUGCCCGGGGUUCUGCAUAU